CCCAGAGAGAAGAAAAGAAGCCCCAAACAAAUCAAGGAUGAGUAUAGACUAUUGCCAGCCGUCUGCUACAUAGGAACCAAAAAGACCUAAAUUUUCAAAUUUUAGGAACCAACUCACGAAUUUUUUAAAUUUAGUAACUAAGUCAGGUAUCUGGACAAUAGUUGAGGGACCAAAUUGAGGGUUUAACCAAAGUAUGGACCGUUAUCCACCGUCUGCUAAAUGGAGAAACGACCCGGCUUCAUGGAUCCGAUCAGCAGAAUGCAUCCACACAGAGAGACAAUGGACUAUGUUCGGAUCCCUGAUUUUCUCAGGAAAGUGAGGGAAAAUGAAAUCUCUCCUCUCUUUUUACAUGCCAACUCCUCGUCUUCUUGCGCGCUGGGCCUCAGCCUCAGCCUCAGCCUCAACCUCAACCUCAACCUCAGCCUCAGAUUCUCAUAUGGAAUUGACACCAUCACCGUAUCCAACAAUCUUAGUGAUGGCAGAACUUUGGUUUCUAGUGAUGGAAGCUUUGAAUUGGGGUUCUUCAGUUCUGGAAGUUCUGGUAAGAGCCGUUAUUUGGGAAUUUGGUUCAGGAAAAUCCCAGUUCAAACUGUUGUUUGGGUUGCAAACAGGUGCAACCCGAUAAAGGAUUCGUCUGGUGUUUUGAUGAUAAACAGCACAGGCAAUCUGGUUCUCCUCAGUCAAAGCCAGAGUGUUGUUUGGGCAUCAAACUCAAAUGAAGAGGCUCGAAACCCAGUAGUUCAGCUCCUGGAUUCUGGAAAUCUUGUUCUACAGGAUAGAAAUGUGGGUAUUUUGUGGCAAAGCUUUGACUAUCCUACUGAUACUUUGCUGGCAGGGAUGAAAUUUGGAUGGAACUUAAGGACUGGUCUUAAUCGACAACUAUCAGCAUGGAGGACCCCAGAUGAUCCAUGCCCUGGAGACCUUACUUAUGGGAUAGAGCCAUAUAAUUUUCCCGAUUUUGUUAUGUGGGAAGGCACAAGAAAGUACUACCGGACAGGCCCCUGGAAUGGCAUUGGAAUGAGUGGUGCACUCCACUUGAAGCCGAAUCCAUGGUACAAGUUUUACUUCAUCUCAAAUGAAGAGGAGGUUUACUACAUUUAUUACCCAAUAAACAAAUCCGUAAUCACAAGACUCAUUUUGAACCAAACAUCUAGGAGGGGGGAGCGCUACAUAUGGAAUGAAGAAGGCAGCACUUGGACAUUGUACAAUCAGUUUCCAUGGGAUAACUGCGACAACUAUGGGACUUGUGGAGCAUAUGGGAACUGUAUGAAUACAGCGUUGCCACCUUGUCAAUGUUUGAAAGGUUUCAAGUUUAAAUCACAAGAAGGGAGCUCAGUGGACUGGUAUCAAGGUUGUGUGCGCAAUAAACCUUUAGACUGCCAGCAAGGAGAUGGAUUUAAAAAAUUUGGUGGGUUGAAGUUGCCAGAUACUGCACAUUCUUGGGUGAAUAAAAGUAUGGAUCUCAAUGAGUGCAGAGCUAAAUGCUUAGUGAAUUGUUCUUGUAUGGCCUAUUCAACCUUGGAUAUUAAAGAAGACAGUGGCUGUGCAAUUUGGUUUGGUGAUCUAAUUGAUCUUAAACAGGUCCAAUCUGCUGGACAGGAUUUAUAUAUUCGAAUGUCUGCUGCUGAUUCAGACCAUAAAGAGACAAAAGGCAAGAUUGAAUUGAAGGCAGGACUUAUAGUCGCAGCUUUCAUUCUUUUAGUUAUUGGUGUUCUUGCAAUCAACUAUUACAUUCACAGGGGCCGUCAAAACAUAGAAGGAAGAAAAAAUGACAGGAGCAAUGCAAGGCAAAAUGAAGAUAUGGAACUCCCACUAUUUGAGUUAGGUGUAAUAUCCAAGGCCACAAAUGAUUUCUCUUCCCACAACAAGCUUGGAGAAGGUGGCUUUGGGCCUGUAUACAUGGGUAUUCUGCCAGAUGGAAAAGAAAUUGCUGUGAAGAGGCUCUCAAGAAGUUCUGGACAAGGAUCGGUUGAGUUCAAGAAUGAAGUGGCACUUAUAGCCAAACUUCAACAUCGGAAUCUUGUAAAGCUUUUAGGAUGCUGCAUUCAGGGGGAGGAGAAAAUGCUGAUUUAUGAAUAUAUGCCUAAUAAAAGUUUGGACUUCUUCAUUUUUGAUGAUACAAGAAAGAAGCUAUUAGAUUGGUCAAGGCGUUUUCACAUUAUUUGUGGAAUUGCUAGGGGACUUCUCUAUCUACAUCAAGAUUCUAGAUUGAGGAUCAUUCAUAGAGAUCUCAAAGCAAGCAAUGUUUUGCUUGAUAGUGAAUUGAACCCCAAAAUUUCAGACUUCGGUGUGGCAAGAACAUUUGGAGGAGAACAGUCUGAAGGGAACACAAAGAGAGUGGUUGGAACCUAUGGUUAUAUGGCGCCGGAAUACGCCAUUAAUGGGCUUUUCUCAGUAAAAUCUGAUGUUUUUAGCUUCGGUAUAUUGUUGCUGGAGAUAAUAAGUGGGAAGAAGAGUAAAGGGUUUUACCAUCUCAACCAUAGCCUUAAUCUUAUUGGACAUGCAUGGAGAUUAUGGAAAGAAGGAAAUGCUUUAGAACUGAUUGAUUCAUUUGAACAAGAAUCUUGCACUCUAUUUGAAGUAUUAAGGUGCAUCCACAUCAGUCUGUUAUGUGUUCAACAACAUCCUGAGGACAGGCCGAAUAUGUCGUCUGUGGUUUUGAUGUUGAGCAGUGAGACUGCGCUUGUACAACCCAAAGAACCCGGUUUCCUUUUUGACAAGAAAUCACUUGAAACAUAUUCUUCAUCAGGCAGGCCUGAAUUAAUUUCAACCAAUGAACUUAGCCUCACAGUGUUGGAGCCUCGAUAAAGGUUACUCAAAAACUACAUGCCUCGUGUUACAAAUGUUGCUUACUGAAAUGAUGCUACACGAAUGCAUGUCACAUAUAACUCUUACUGAAAUGAUGUUCACUAAUUGCUUAUCUUGUAUUUUAGUUAAAACUAAUAGUAUUUAGGUAACUAAAUUAUCAAUUUUCUACUCUUCAGUGGUUGAAUAUUUCCUUUUCCACUUCAGCACAUUCAAAUUUCAUUG